CGCUUUCUACGCUUUCUCUGGCAAGAAUGUUAGUUCCUGCUCUUCCCUGGCCGUUUCCUGUAAUCGUACAGUGUUGUGAGACGGAGAAAGCCAUGUGUGUCGAUGCAAAGCUGUUUACUUAAAAGUUGAGAACGAUUGGUCGACGACUAUUUAGCUUCCAUCUCGGAGUCUUUUAAACAUUGUGCCCGUCUCCCUGUGUGGAGUGGGCAAGAUGGCAGAUCCUAUCAUGGACCUCUUUGAGGACACACCCCUGUUUAACCUGGAUGCCCUCCCGGAUGACUCCUUCUCUCAGGGCUCCACAGAUCCUGUGGAGGAGGCCCUCAAGCUGGCGUUGGGCCAGGUAGACCCACCGGCUGAGCCGGAGCCCACUCCUGAGCUCCCGGUCAACGCAGGCCUCAGUGUUCCUGUAGCAGCCCCCACCAUCCCAGACCCUGCCCCUGUUCAAGUCUCCACACAGCAGCCAGUGCCAGUGGCAACUGCUCAGACUGUUUCCAUAGCUGCAGCACCCACUGUGGCCCCUGCGACUGCUCCUGCCGCCGUUGAUAAUGUACCUCAGAUCCAGGCCCAGACCACCAUACCAAUUGUUAGCAAUGCCAGCGGGUCCUCCGGUAGCACGGUCCUGCUGAGCUCACCUCUGACUGUUUCCAGCUCCCCGGCCACCACCACUGCCACAACAACGCAGCUCACACAGAUAACCCACCAGCUCACUCCCCAGCAGUUAGCUGCCAUCACACAGCAGGCUGGUGGUAAAAUUGUCAUUCUCAAAGGACCCCAGGGUCAAGCCCAGGUGCUGCAGACUGUAUCAGGAGCCACAGGCCAGACCAGUGGAAAGGUUAUUCGUGUGUUGUCUGGCACUCCUCUCAAACCUGGCAUGUCCAUACUGCAGGGGGGAACAGUCUUGAAUCAGGCAAGCACAGGACAAGCUCAAGUCAAGGUGGGUGCAGGGGUGCAGAGGCUGCUGCAGUCUCCCAACGGGCCAGUGAAACAGGUGCUGCUUACUUCCAUGCCCCAGCAGGUACAGCAGACGCAAGGCCAGCAGGUUCAGGUGCAAAUCCCAGCCCAAGCACAGAUGACUCAAGGCCAGACUCACGUCCAAGUCCAGCCACAGUCCCAGACUGCCCAGAUCCAGGUACAGCCCCAGGGCCAAGCUGCUCAGAUCCAAGUCCAGUCCCAAGGCCAGACAGCUCAGAUCCAGGUCCAGGCUCAGGGCCAGGUGCAGCUCCAGCCAGCCAUGCAGGCCCAAACGCAGGGUGGCGAAGCAAAGCGGAUCACCUUGGUUCUCCAGCAGCCCUCCCAGGUUGGCUCUGCCGCACCAGCGGGUCAAGCUGUCACAGCCCAGCAGCAGGUCACACAGGUUCAGCAGGUUCAAACAGCCCAAGGGGGCCAACAGCAGCAGCCCCAGGCCCCGGCUAGACUAGUGUUGGGUCAGCUCCCUGGAGGCAAACUGGUUCUCCAGGGAAGCCAGCUAGCUGCCCUGACCCAGGCACGAGCUGCUGGUCAGGCUGGAGGGCAGCCCAAAGUCCUCACAAUUCAGCUGCAGGUGCAGCAGCAGCCCAACCAACAAGGAGGAGUUAAGUACCAGCUGGUUUCAGGAGCAGGGAAUACUGGCAGCCCACAGGUGUUGCAGAUCUCGCAGGGCCAAGGAGGACAAAGAGUUGCAGUGCCGCUCAAAAUGCUUCUGCAGCCACAGACAAGCUCAGCAACCUCAGCUGGCAGCACAGUCUCUGUGGUGAAGGUCAUUAACACGUCUACGGCAGGCCCCUCCACUACCACCACCACCACUCCGUCCCAGGCCAUCCGCAUCACCAAGGCCCCUGGCGAGCCUGCCUCUGUCCGCCGAGUAGAAAUCCUGUGUAAGCAAGAGAAGGCAAACCGUAUUGUGGCUGAAGCUAUAGCCCGGGCCAAAGCGCGUGGUGAAAAGAACCUGCCCAGAGUUCUGAACCAGGAUGAGCUUCCAUCAACCCAGACCUCUCCUGAGAUGGCGGGCACUAUAACUGUGGUGUCUGCUGCUAAGAAAAAGACCAGUGGAGGAGGGAGCAAGAAGAAAAGUCCUGUCACUGGAGGAACAAUGCCUAAAACUGCAGGUGGAGCUGAUAAAAAGAGCAAAGUGAAGACACCAGGUGGAACAGCUGGACUGGCUGGAGGCACAGUAAUACCUGGAGCUGGGAACAAAAGCAAAAGCAAGACUAAGACAAACACUAUUACUCUAGUGGGAGCCAAAAAAAGAAAAAGAAAUGUGUCCUCAGAUCACUCUGAUGGGGAGUUGAGCCCUGCCUCACCUGCUGCACUGGAAGAUGACAUGAUCAUGAAGAGGCGCUCCAAUCGUGUGGUGAAGAGGAAGAAGUACACAGAGGACCUGGAUAUCAAGAUAACAGAUGAUGAGGAUGAGCAGGAAGAUGUAGAUGUUACUACCACUGCAGCAGCUGUGGCCUCCAUCAGUGGCGGGACAGCAGCACAGCUUAAACAGGAAAUGGAGCUGGAUGGUGAUGGACUGCCCAGCAUGCAGUUCUUUGUGGAAAACCCAAGUGAGGAAGAUGCUGCGAUUGUAGACAAAGUUCUGUCUAUGAGAUUAACUAAAAAAGAAGUGUCCCCAGGCCAGUACACCAAUGUUGAGGAAUUCUUUGUGAAAUACAAGAACUAUUCAUACUUACACUGUGAGUGGGCCAGUUUGGAGCAGCUGGAGAAGGAUAAGAGGAUCCAUCAAAAGAUCAAGAGGUUCAAGACCAAACAUGCACAAAUGAGGCACAUCUUCCAGGAGGAUGAGGAGCCUUUUAACCCAGACUAUGUGGAGGUGGACAGGAUCCUGGAUGUUUCCCAUAGUGUUGACAAAGACAACGGCGAGCCUGUUAUAUACUACUUGGUGAAGUGGUGCUCUCUGCCUUACGAAGACGCCACAUGGGAGCUGAAGGAGGACGUGGACGAGGGCAAGGUUGAAGAGUUCAACAAAAUCCAAAACCGGCAACCUCGCCUGAAGAGAACGCCACGGCCUCCAGCCAGUUCAUGGAAGAAGCUGGAGGAGACCAGAGAGUACAAGAACAGCAACACACUCAGAGAGUACCAGCUGGAAGGGGUCAACUGGCUACUCUUCAAUUGGUACAACAGGCAGAACUGUAUCCUGGCAGAUGAGAUGGGUCUGGGGAAGACUAUCCAGUCCAUCGCGCUGCUGUCAGAGGUGUAUGCUGCUGGAAUCCAAGGCCCUUUCCUAGUUAUUGCCCCACUCUCCACCAUCACCAACUGGGAAAGAGAGUUCUCCACAUGGACCCACAUGAACGCCAUCGUCUACCACGGCAGCCUGGCCAGCCGACAGAUGAUCCAGCAGUAUGAGAUGUACUGCAAAGACGACAAGGAGCAUUUGAUCCCGGGCGCAUAUAAAUUUGAUGCCCUCAUCACAACCUUUGAGAUGAUUUUGUCUGACUGCCCCGAGCUGAGGGAGAUCUCCUGGCGUUGUGUCAUCAUUGAUGAGGCUCAUCGCCUCAAGAAUCGCAACUGCAAACUGUUGGACAGCUUGAAGAUGCUGGAUCUGGAACACAAAGUGUUGUUGACCGGCACUCCUCUCCAGAACACUGUUGAAGAACUCUUCAGUCUGCUUCAUUUCCUGGAGCCUGCUCAGUUUCCCUCUGAGACAGAAUUUCUCAGAGACUUUGGAGACCUGAAAACAGAGGAACAGGUUCAAAAGCUGCAGGCCAUCUUGAAACCCAUGAUGUUAAGAAGGCUCAAGGAGGAUGUUGAGAAGAACUUGGCACCCAAACAGGAGACCAUCAUUGAGGUUGAGUUGACGGACGUCCAGAAGAAGUACUACCGAGCCAUCUUGGAGCGGAACUUCAGUUUCCUCAGUUUAGGGGCAAACAGUAACAGCAAUGUCCCCAACCUGCUCAACACUAUGAUGGAGCUGCGCAAGUGCUGCAACCACCCCUACCUCAUCAAUGGCGCGGAGGAGAAGAUCGUAGCAGAGUUGCGGGAGGUUUAUGACCCCCUGGCCCCUGACUUCCAUUUGCAGGCCCUCAUUCGGUCAGCUGGUAAGCUGGUGCUACUGGACAAGCUGCUGCCUCGCCUCAAGGCUGGUGGCCACAAAGUGCUCAUCUUCUCCCAGAUGGUGCGCUGCUUAGACAUUUUGGAGGACUACCUCAUUAACAAGAGAUACCUUUAUGAACGAAUUGAUGGCAGAGUGCGUGGGAACUUACGACAGGCUGCCAUCGAUCGCUUUAGCAAGCCCGACUCAGACCGCUUUGUCUUCCUGCUGUGUACCCGUGCUGGCGGCCUGGGUAUUAACCUCACUGCUGCCGACACCUGUGUUAUAUUUGACUCUGACUGGAACCCUCAAAAUGACCUGCAGGCCCAAGCAAGGUGUCAUCGUAUUGGCCAGUCUAAGGCGGUUAAGGUGUACCGUCUGAUAACUAGGAACUCCUAUGAGAGGGAGAUGCUGGAUAAAGCAAGUCUGAAACUUGGGCUGGACCGUGCCGUCUUGCAGAGCAUGAGUGGCAACAAAGACAGCAACGUCAACGGGAUUCAGCAGUUCUCUAAGAAGGAGAUAGAGGAUCUCCUGAGGAAGGGAGCGUAUGCUGCCAUCAUGGAUGAGAAUGAUGAAGGCAGUCGCUUUUGCGAGGAGGACAUUGACCAGAUCCUUCAGCGGAGAGCCACCACUAUCACCAUUGAGAGUGAGGGCAAGGGCUCCACCUUCUCUAAGGCCAGUUUUGUGGCCUCUGAGAACCGCAAUGACAUUGCCCUCGAUGACCCUGAAUUCUGGCAGAAGUGGGCCAAGAAAGCUGACAUAGAUAUGGACUCAAUCAACCGGAAGAACACCCUCGUGAUCGACACUCCCAGAGUGCGCAAGCAGACCCGUCAGUAUUCCAGUUUACGAGGCGAAGGUGGAGAUCUGUCUGAACUGGACAGUGAUGAAGAGUAUCCACCUGCCAAUUCCAGACAGUCUCGUGCCUCCCGACGCUCCGACCGCCACAGUGGAGGGGGAUACGGCCGCACGGACUGUUUCCGGGUAGAGAAACACCUGCUUGUCUAUGGUUGGGGUCGUUGGAGGGAUAUCUUGUCUCACGCUAGAUGUAAGCGGCGUUUGAGUGAGCGUGAUGUUGAGACAAUCUGCCGUGUCAUCCUGGUCUUCUGUCUGCUCCACUACCGCGGAGAUGAGAACAUCAAGAGUUUCAUCUGGGAGCUCAUCACACCGCCGGAGAACGGGCGUGAACCCACAACACUACUCAACCACUCUGGCCUGUCUAUCCCUGUUCCAAGAGGCAGGAAGGGUAAGAGGGUAAAGGCCCAGAGCACAUUUGAUGUUCAGAAAGUGGAGUGGAUCCGCAAGUACAACCCUGACACUUUACUGCUGGAUGACAGCUAUCGCAAACACCUCAAGCACCAGUGCAAUAAGGUGUUGCUGAGGGUGCGUAUGCUCUACUACCUGAAACAGGAGGUGAUUGGCGAACAUGCUGACUCUGUGCUGAAAGGGGCUGACAUCAAGGAUGUUGAUAUCUGGAUGCCUGAGAUGGAACAGCAGGAGGUACCAGCAGGAUGGUGGGACGCUGAGGCAGACCGCUCACUGCUUGCUGGCGUAUUCAAACAUGGUUAUGAAAUGUACACGACCAUGCGUGCUGAUGCCUGCCUCUGCUUCCUGGAGAGAGCUGGUCGGCCUGAUGACAAGGCCAUUGAUGCUGAGCAGCACACCGGUGAUACUGAGCUGGGAGACGAUGCUGAGUAUGAUAAAUACUCAGAGGACCCGGAGUUCAAACCUGCAUCAAGGCACAAAGAUCUUUUCGAGGAGCCUGACUCUAUGAACGUAGACGAUGAGAUUUCUGUUGAAGACAAGGUGGGGCCAGUGGUCACAGAAAGCUCAUUGAGCCAGAGCGGUGCGUGUGACUGGCCCUCGAGCUCGUCACUUACAGCGCGGUUGCGGCGGCUUAUCACAGCUUACCAACGCAGCUACAGACAGGAGCAGCUGAAGAUUGAAGCCGAGGCAAAAGGUGACCGCAGGCGCAGGAGAUGCGAACAGGCCAGCAAGUUGAAGGAGAUUGCACGGCAGGAGCGUCAGCAGAGGUGGACACGUAGGGAGGAGUGUGACUUCUACCGUGUGGUAUCAACUUUUGGUGUGGAAAAGAUGAAAAAGGAACCAGGUCUUCCUGAAAGCGGAGAAGCUGAUUUUGACUGGACCCGCUUCCGUACCUUUGCUCGUCUGGAUAAAAAAACUGAUGAGAGCCUUAGUCGAUACUUCCGCUCUUUCGUUGCCAUGUGCCGGAGGGUUUGCCACCUCCGCCCAGGCCGUGGUGAAGAUCCAUCAGAGCUCUCCCAGACUGUGGCCCCCAUCACUGAGGAGCGUGCUUCCCGUACCCUUUACCGUAUUAGCCUCCUGCGUCGCCUCCGUGAGCGAGUCCUGCCCCACCACGCCCUGGAGGAGCGUCUGCCUCUGGCCCCGCCCAGCUCGGAGCUGCCGGCUUGGUGGAAUAUACCAGCGCACGAUCGUCAGCUGAUGCUGGGUGCUGCUCUGCAUGGUGUCAGCCGCACUGAGCUCUCCAUCUUCUCAGACCCACAGUUCACCUUCAGUCAGGCUAGGGAAGAGUUCAUCCAGAACCAGCAGGCCCCACCCCCUCCCCCUCCCCCUCCACCCCAAGCACUGCCUAUCCUGCCCCUCAUCCAGCCCAAGAUUGAGGAGGGCCUGCCUACAGUAAAGGAGGAGGGAGCUGAUGAGGACGCCCGGUUGCUUGGCGCUGAAAUCACUGCUGACCUGCAGAGCACGCCUUUGAGUCACCAUGAUGGAAAAGUUCAAGGGCAGGGCUGGAGCUUCAAGAGGAGCAGGCAGAGGGGAGGUAGAACAGAAGGAGGAAGGAAGGGAGAAGGAGGGUCUGAUUCUGAUUCUGAUUCUGAUUCGGGGUCAUCGUCAUCGGAGCGAUCAGGUAGCAGUGAUGAAAGCGGAGAGAGUGAGGAAGAGGUGGAACGAACAGACAUGAAGGUGUGCGACGUGGAUGAAGAUAAUAGUUUGCUCUCCAUGACUCCAUCUCAGGAUGGCAUUCCACCCCCUGAUCCUCUCAGAGUUGACUGGCCCAAGGACCGUGUGUUGAUCAACCGUCUGGAUAGCUUGUGUACGCUGGUGCUGACUGGUCAGUGGCCCUCGGGGCGGCGAUACGUGCCCGAGGCCCAGCUCAACCUGAGCUCAGAGCUGGCGGGAGACGAGAUGGCCUACACAAGGGUGAUCCGUAAACCCAGCAGCAUUCCCGGUGGCCCUGGGGCAGAAGGAGAAGAUGGAGAGUUCACUGUCAAACUCCUUAAGGAGGAGGGGCUGAAGCUGACGUUCUCUAAGCAGGCCCUGAUGCCCAAUGGGUCAGGGGGAGAGAGCAGCAGCCGCAAGAGGCGCAAGGACCAAGAGUUAUCAGACCCAGAUGGACUCCAUGAUCCCCUGGAGCGUACUCCUCGAAGGAGGGACCCUCCCACCUGGCUGAAGGAGAACCCAGAUUAUGAGGUGGAGGGAGACAUGCUGGAGCUUCUUGUGAACAGGAGCAAGAGGAAGAGGAGGAGGAGGGCAGAUAAAGCCCUGACAGGCAGUGAGAAGGUCAAACUCAUUAACAUGAGGACUGGAAAGAAGGUUGGAGCUGCUUUCUGUCCGAUGCUGCAAGAUCUGAGGGAAUAUCUGGAGGAGAAUCCUGAUAAUGCUGUAGCACCCGAGUGGUCUGAAACUGUUCGGAAUUCUGGCUUCCUGCCCGAGACCCUCUUCCACCGACUGCUGACCGAGCACUCAGAGAUCCCUAAGAAAAGCCGACGCCACCAUCAUCAUCAUCACCACCACCACCACCAUCACCACACUCCAGAGCCUGCUCCUGAAGACCCCAACGUGGAUGGAGUUGAAGAGGAGACUCUGGUCUCAGAUGGAGCCUACAUGAUGGAUGAAGAGGACCUGGACACCUCCCAUCACUUCCUCACAAGUCCGGACUUUGACGUUAAAAUGGAGGGUGGCGACAGCCUUUCCCAAGGUGACUAUGACAGCUCUGAUCAAGAAGCGCUAUUGGACGAUGUCAUCAUAGCACAGAAGGACUCCGACUCCUCAUCAAGCUCAGAGGAUUGACUGAGCCCAACUCCUCAAACAUGUCUGACUUAGUCCCCUUCUCAACAAUGAAUCAUGUUAUUCCUGAUCAUUUAUUUUUACCAUAUUAUAUGUCAAAUUAUGGAUGAAUGUGUUUUUUUGGGGGGGUGUGGUUUUUUUUUUUUUUUUUUUGU